CACGUGAUCGAGUCAAGAUGGCGUCGCCCGGCACGCUGUGGCUCUUGGCUGUCGCUCUCCUGCCGGCGUCCUGCGCCGCCCUGCGGCUGGGGCAUCUCGACCCGCCCGGGCCGUUGCCGCUGGUGAUCUGGCAUGGGAUGGGAGACAGCUGUUGUAAUCCCUUGAGCAUGGGUGCUAUCAAAAAAAUGGUUGAGAAGAAAAUACCUGGAAUUUACGUCUUAUCUCUAGAGAUUGGGAAGACCCUGAUAGAGGAUGUGGAGAACAGCUUCUUCUUGAACGUCAAUUCCCAAGUAACAUCAGUGUGUCAGAUUCUUGCUAAGGAUCCUAAAUUGCAGCAAGGCUACAAUGCUAUGGGAUUCUCUCAGGGAGGCCAAUUUCUGAGGGCAGUGGCUCAGAGAUGUCCCUCACCUCCCAUGAUCAAUCUGAUCUCAAUUGGGGGACAACAUCAAGGUGUUUUUGGACUCCCUCGGUGCCCAGGAGAGAGCUCUCACAUCUGUGAAUUGAUCAGAAAAACACUGAAUGCUGGGGCUUACAAUAAAGCUGUUCAAGAACGGCUGGUGCAAGCAGAAUACUGGCACGACCCCAUAAAGGAGGACAUGUACCGCAACCACAGCAUCUUCUUGGCAGAUAUUAAUCAGGAGAGAGGUGUCAAUGAGUCCUACAAGAAAAACCUGAUGGCCCUGAAGAAGUUUGUGAUGGUGAAAUUCCUCAAUGAUUCCAUUGUGGACCCUGUGGAUUCUGAGUGGUUUGGAUUUUACAGAAGUGGCCAAGACAAGGAAACCAUUCCCUUACAGAAGACCACUCUGUACACACAGGACCGCUUGGGGCUAAGAGAAAUGGACAAUGCAGGAAAACUAGUAUUCUUGGCUGUAGAAGGGGACCAUCUUCAACUGUCUGAAGAAUGGUUUUAUGCCCAUAUCAUACCCUUCCUUGAGUGAAACCUUUGCAAUUUGCACCAGAGCUCAGGGAGCUGCCAGCACUUCCAAACUAGUGAAGACUGUUCCCUUCAUGCCCAAGCCGGAGCACAGAUCCAGCUUGCAACUAACCCUUUUCUCUCGUCAUCAUCUAACAUGACCUACUCGGAAAGAUCUAAGAUCAAAAUCUUAUCCUUUGCCUCAUCCUAUCAGCAUAUGGUGUUGAAUGCAAGUUUAAUUAGUUAAUAACCACAGAGAUUAUUUUACAACCAUUUGAUGUAGUCAAGCUGUCUCAGGAAAUGUCUGCUGCAAGUCAGUGCCAGAACUGUGCCCAGGCCCAGAAGAGACUGAACAAACUAAAACAAUGACAUAGAUUUUAAGGGCAAACACCUUUCUCAUGUAAAUCUAGCCACAUUUCAAGCCAAGAGAGGCCAAUACUUAGGCCUGAGGUAUUCACAGACAUGCUUUCUGUUUUGCUGGUGGGGAUUUAACCAGUGCUUGCAAGAGUAUUGCUUGAAUGUUGCUAAAUAAUCUAAGGCUACCCUCCUCUCUUUGAGUAUGUUUUCUUUUGUAGUGUCUUUAGCAAUUAUUAGACAAAUUCCACUAGCCCACCAUCUAGCUUCAGUAGCACUCUUUUGGUCUCAGAUUGUGAUAAAUUAGUUGCUGAAAUAAAAGGAGGGAAGUAACACCCAAUUGGAUUGUUUAAGGGAGGAAGUGUGGGUAUUGCUUAACUUAGAAAGGGAGGUGAAGAAAAAUGUAGAAAUGGAAAUGAAAACUGAGGAGGUGGUUCUUUCCAUUCCAUCCUUAAUAUGUCAUCUCUUAAUAUGACUAGUGGUCUGGAUUAAGUCACUUCUGUUACUGGUAUUAACAGAGAAUGGGAGGAAAACAUGGAGAUCAGGCUAAUUUCCAUUAUGAAAAGCCGUAUUUUCUAGUACACUCCAAACUUGUUUCAGAUGUGUUCUGUGAAAAGAAAAAAAAUUGUUUCCUCAAAAAGCUUGGGGAAUAUUGCACAUGCCUUUUCUCCUUGGAGAUCAACCCAUAUUAAGGACUUAGAAUUCCUGUUAUGUUAAAGAAAACUAACCUUAUUCUACCAUUCCCCACACUAUUUGAGCAAUCUGAACAUGAUAGCCCCAACUUCCCUGCCCGUGAAAACCUAUCAAAACUGUUUUGGAAGACUAGUGCAGAAUGUCAGUUUGGGGAAAUGAUUAGAUACACAUGGGAAAAGUAUCUUGUUAGUGCUGUGAUGUUUACCCUUUGUGAUUUUUCCUACACUUAAGCCUUAUUUUUCAACUAAAAGAUGAGGCUUAAGGGCAAGAAAUGGGGAGAUGUGAAAAGAAAUGUAUGAGGUUGUCUAAAAUAAAGAGUAGCUUCUUAA